AUGUUCAGUGAAUUUCAGGACUGGUGCCUCCGGACAUAUGGGGACUCGGGUAAAACAAAGACCGUCACCCGGCGAAAAUACAACAAAAUCAUGCAGACACUGUUGCAAAACGAAGAGUCGGACGGCAUGUAUGUCGACAAUAGCCACAUCAAUGCCAAAUUCAAAUUUUGGGUGAAGUCGAAAGGGUUUCAGGUCGGGAGCAACAUUCUGGGAGAGCACAAGAAAGGAGCGUCAGGGAAGCCCGUCCUAUAUGUCCCAGUCAAGUCAACGGUAAAGUGCUCGGCCCAGGACAGCUCAUCCCUGAAGAGGGUGGCAGUGGUGGAGGACUUCUUCGACAUCAUCUAUGCCAUGCAUGUGGAGAUGGGUGCCGACCCUGGUAGAGCACCUAAACACGCUGGCCAGAAGAAGACCUAUAAAGCAAUAGCGGAGACGUACGCCUUCCUGCCCAGGGAGGCAGUGACACGCUUCCUAAUGAACUGUGGAGAGUGUCAGAAGAGGAUGCACAUCAAUCCCAGCACUGCAGAGUUCAAAGAAAAUGAUCGACCAACCUCCUUGGUUCCGGACCUCAUUGACUACAACAUGCCACUGACUGCCACCUACCUGAAACAGAUGAAACUACAGUGCAUGACUGCCAAUGAGAGGGAUGACAGUUCGGUGAGCAGUGAGGACAUGGAUAUGACUGAGCCCACGUGGGUCUCUGCUGAGCGUCCCCCUGUCCCUGAGCUCAGUCCCCCCAAUGGAGAGAAUGUACAAAGCCCACAGACCACACUCAAAGAGGAGGAUGAUGAUGACUCCUCUGAGAGUGGCAGUGGCCACGGUCUGCCAGCCCUGACUCCUCCGGAGGCGAUGGUUGUGGGCGCUGUCCCUCCAGAUGGAUUGGCUCCAUACAGGGAGGUGACUGAGAACGGGGUGAGUGCUCCCCUGGACUUCAGCACCACCACCUCUUCCUCUUCCUCCUCAGAGGACCAGCAACCAGUCAAUCUGACCGACAGAUUGCUGCCUGUGGGGAGCCCUGUUGGGACGCCCUACCCAACUGACUCCACCAGGAAGUGCCCCGGGAAUCCAGACUACGGCAACAAGUCUCCUCAGUACAGCUCCGGAAGCUAUGACUCAGUGAAGACUGAACUGAGCAUGAGCGCUGAGGACUUGACCUCUGGGCGUGCUCAGAUCAUUGAUGAUGAUGAUGACGAUCACGACGACCAUGAUGACAGUGAUAAGAUCACUGAUGCAGAGGGAAUGGACCCAGAGAGGCUGAAAGCCUUCAAUAUGUUUGUUCGUCUGUUUGUGGAUGAGAACCUGGACCGCAUGGUGCCCAUCUCCAAGCAGCCCAAGGAGAAGAUCCAGGCCAUCAUUGAGUCGUGCAGCCGACAGUUCCCUGAGUUCCAGGAGCGCUCCCGCAAGCGCAUCCGCACCUACCUCAAGUCCUGCCGCCGUUUGAAGAAGGUUGGUUUUGAGGUAGGCACUACACGGCCCACACCUCCCCACCUCACCUCUGCCAUGGCAGAGAACAUUCUUGCUGCUGCUUGUGAAAGUGAGACACGCAAUGCUGCCAAGAGGAUGCGACUAGAUGUCUAUCAAGGCCCUGUGAGUGAACUUGCUACUGUUGAUAAGAACGGCUCCAGGGACCCGGCCUCAGGGGCCCCUUCAGGCUUCUCCCUGGCUGCCUCAGCCUACUCCCAGUCCCAAACCCAGGACCCAGUCUACACCAACGGCACCAACGGAGGCCUCAACUACAGCUUCCACAGUUACGGGGCAAUCGGCAACAACCUGCCGACCACCGGUGCCACCACACAGACCAAUGGUCCCACUGAUCUCAGUAUGAAGUCUGUGGCUCCCACCUCCUCCUCUUCCUCCAGUUCUAACAGAGCCUCGGCUCAGCUCAGCCCCCCUGAGGUCACAGCGGUGCGGCAGCUCAUCGCCGGGUAUCGAGAGUCUGCCGCCUUCCUGCUGCGCUCCGCAGAUGAGCUGGAAAACCUAAUCCUGCAGCAUAACUGA